UGAUUUUUCAAAUCACUACAACAGAAACCAUACCACAGUAUAUUUCAGUAUAAGCCAUAUAUAGACAGAUGCUGAAGUCAAAUGUUCUCCAGCAGAAGAUUGCUGAGAAAAAGGAUGACUUGGAGAAAUUACAAGAAUUUCGUUCACUAACUUCAGAAUUAGCUACAUACCUUGAAGGAAUUGGUGAUAGAUUAGAUCAAAUGAAAGAAGGUACUGAAAGUGCAGCAUUAAUACUAGCCAAUUGGCAAAAUGUAGUUAAGGCCAUAUCGUUGGCUUCAUUGGGACUUUUGAAAUAUUCUGAUAAAGAUUAUGAAACUAAAACUCCGCUUCCUGAAGCUCUAGUACGUAUAAAAUUAGAUAAAGAUGAAGAGCAAGAAGGUGAUGGUGAUGGUGAUGGUGAUGAUGAUGAUAAUGAUAACAAAGGCAUCGAUGUUAUACAGGUAUCACAAGAACAAGGUGAAACUUCUGUGGAAGAUAGUUCACAGCCUGUGCCUGAACUUGCCUAAAUACAGCUGCUGGCAAUUGUAUUUAUAAUGGCAUUGUACUACUA